AUGGACAUAGAGACCGACGGGCGAUUCGGCAACAAGCGAGUGCACAAUCGCCUCGGCCCGGGCUCUGGCGGCGCUCCGUCAUCUACCAACGGGAAGGUCUGCAACUACUGGCGCGCCGGGCGGUGCAACCGCUUCCCGUGCCCCUUCCUCCACAGCGAGCUCCCCGAGGCUGCGCCGCCCAAGCGCCCCACUGGACCCGGGGGGAACGUGUGGCGCAACCCCCACACCGGAGGAAGAGGCGGCGGCGGUCACAGUAGAUGGGGGAAGGGCCCCGGAGGCGGCAGCGGGAUUGCGAGCCACAAGCCGCCUGACAGGCCCUGCAAGUACUUUCUCGCCGGUACCGAAUGCAGCUAUGGCGAGAGGUGCCGCUAUCCGCACAGCUACUGCAUAAGCGAUAGUAUUACGAUGCUUACCCCGCUCAAGGGCCACGAGAAGGGUGUUACAGGCAUUGCACUGCCCGCCGGGUCAGACAAGCUGUAUUCCGGGAGUAAGGAUGGAACUGUUCGCAUGUGGGAUUGCCAAACUGGCCAGUGUGCCGGUGUCAUCCCUGUGGGUCGUGAGGUUGGGUGUAUGAUCAUUGAAGGUCCGUGGUUAUUUGUUGGAAUGCCUGAUGCAGUGAAGGUUUGGAAUAUGCAAACAGCAGCGGAAAUGAGCCUUACCGGACCAACUGGGCAAGUCUAUGCACUCGCCGUUGCCAGUGAGUUACUCUUUGCUGCAACACAAGACGGGAGGAUUUUAGCAUGGAGAUUUAGUGCCUCAACUAACUGUUUUGAACCAGCUGCUUCUCUUGAUGGCCAUAAGCUUGCUGUUGUUUCAUUGAUAGUAGGAGGCAUGAGGCUUUAUUCUUCUUCAAUGGAUAAAACUAUCAGAGUAUGGGAUUUGGCAACAUUGCAGUGCAUACAGACUCUUUCUGAUCAUACCGAUGUUGUUAUGUCUGUGCUGUGCUGGGAUCAAUUUCUAUUAUCUUGCUCUUUGGAUCAAACAAUAAAAGUUUGGGCAGCUACAGAGAGUGGAAAUUUAGAAGUAACAUAUACGCACAAAGAAGAUCAGGGUGCGCUUGCCCUCAGUGGUAUGCCUGAUGCACAGUCAAAACCUGUGCUAUUGUGUUCAUUAAAUGACAACACUGUCCGCCUAUAUGAUUUGCCAUCGAGUGACUCUUGCUUCUUGUAUAGGUUCAAUGAUAGAGGCAGACUAUUCUCCAAACAAGAAAUUAGGGCAAUACAAAUGGGUCCUGGUGGUUUAUUUUUUACCGGGGAUGGAAGUGGUGAGCUGAAGGUUUGGCAGUGGGUAGAUGGAGCCCAAACCUAA